AUGGAGUUAUCGGAUUUAAUCGAAGUGACACGGGUACGCGAUGCAUUUAUGAGAAAAGGUCCGAGACCAGCACAGAUAGGAGAUAUUUGCAUUUUUGGUCACCAUCUAAUCUUUGCCCCAACAACAGUCAGCAAAGAAGUUCCUGAUAAUUCAGAAGAGUUCUGGUUGCUUCACAAAGCAGUUGAUCGUGUUCUUUGUGAGCCAAUUUCCAAAGAAAAUCCACAAAGAGGAGGUCUGCUUGCGCUGAAAUGCAAGAAUUUUCUUCUAAUAAUCUUCGAGAUUGGAGAUUUGGAGAUUUGUAGAGCGACUGCCAGAACUAUUGAAGCACUUUCAAAUAUUAAUGGUUUCCUUCACGACUAUGCUUUCUUCUACAACUCUCCAUUCACAAUUUUGGAUGACGGAUGGUCGGCAUUCGACCCGGAACAAGAAUUCGCUCGACUGAUGCUUUCAACUGACGCCUUCAGAAUCUCAUCAGUCAAUGAAAAGUUUUCAGUUUGUCCUAGUUACCCAGAGAAACUAAUUGUUCCGAAAGGAAUUGGGGAUGAUUAUCUGAAAAUCUCGGCAACAUUUCGGGAAAGUGGACGAUUCCCAGUUCUGAGUUAUUUUCAUAAAGAAACAAGAUCACCACUUGUCCGGUGUUCACAGCCAUUAAUUGGACCAACAAAUAGAAGAUGUCGAGAAGAUGAGACCAUUCUGAAUUCAUUGAUUACAAUUAAUAGAGGAUAUAUCAUUGAUACAAGAUCUAAAUCAUCGGCGACUUCGGCAAAAGCAAAAGGAGGUGGUGCAGAGCCACAAGGAAAUUAUAGACAGUGGAGAUAUAUUCAGUGCCCGAUCCCCCGACAACGAGAAAUUCACGAUGCCCUCACCCGAAUGGUUGAUGUUUGUUCCGAACGGAAAGUAACAUCCGAUCGAUGGGUUAGUCGUGUUGGACAAGCUGGAUGGUUAUCUGCAGUAGCUGCAUCAUUGGAAGCAGCUGCAAAUGUUGCACAAUGUAUAUAUAGUGAAGGAUUAAAAGAGGUUCCAGUGGUAAUUCAUGGAGGAGAUGGUCUCGAUUCGACAUUGAUUGCUUCUUCAUUAUCCCAAAUUCUGUUGGAUUCUGAUGCAAGAACGAUUCGUGGAUUUGAAUCAGUAAUUGAGCGUGAAUGGAUAUGUGCCGGACAUCCAUUCAGUCUCCGAAAUAAUCAUUGUGCAUAUGCGGAAGGAACUGUCACGGGACCAUUCGAAUCUCCAGUUUUCCUCGUUUUCCUUGAUGCUGUCCACCAGAUGAUUUCUCAAUAUCCAAUGUCCUUCGAGUUCGACGAGAAUUUUCUGAUAUUCCUGUUUGAACAUGCAUAUGCUUCAGAAUUCGGAUCGUUCUUGGGAAAUUCUGAAAAAGAGAAAAAAGAACAUGGAAUUAGAAAGAAGACGGUAUCCUUAUGGUCACAUGUGCAUCAUCCAGAAAAUAUGAAACAAUUUGUGAAUGUUUGUUAUGAUCCAACAACUGGUGUCAUCUGGCCAAGUAUCGCUCCGCAGUGUAUUAAAAUCUGGGAUCGUCUGUUCUUCCGUUGGCAACGUCCGGAUAAUAGUUGGUCAAAGCCGGAAACGGAAACCAUUCAAAGCUUAGCAGACCAUUGGAAGUUACGCGAAAAGGAGUUGACAGCAAAAGCGUCAUCAUUGAGAAGAAAUGUGAUUGAAUUGUCACGGGAACUACGUGUUUCGUCACCCAUUUGA